AUGACACUUCCGACCACUCAACUACCCACCCCAUCCACAAAGAUCCCAGCUAGUAAUAACAAGACCCAACCCCACACUCCUAUCGGCCUCCAUGGCUUCGUCGAUCUCCUCGCAAACUGCUACUACCGCAUCCGCGCCUCCCAGCGCGGGUUUCCCAUCGAAGCCAUCGAGCUGAUCGCACACACCCUCGAGUUCGCACGCGCACGCAUCAACGGGGCCAAGCAACAACAGCAUCCUACCUCAUCGACCCUCACAUCCAUCCAACUCAAUGUAGCCGUCCUCAUGGGCCUCAGCCAACUCGUCGAAUCCGCUCACCCGCUCGCCCUCUUCGGCAUCGCCACCUUCGCCAUCUUCGAAGUCUGCAGUGGCUCCUUCGGACGCUGGCACUGCCAUCUACACGGUGCGCGGUCCCUCCUCGAUCUACACUGUCGCAAUCGAGCCGACUUCGAGACCCUAAGUCGCAGAAUCACCGGGCUUGGCGACGUUCUGAGAUACCUGGUCUGGUUCGACACCACAGGGGCUCUGAUGCGUGGGGGGAACUUGAUCUUCGACGACUGGCACCGCGAGACGCUGCAGACUAGUUUCUAUGAAUCCGUGGGCUGUCCACCAGAGACAUUCGAGUUGUUCGUACACCUAGCGAAAUACCACCAUGUCGAGAGAGCCGCUACUCUCGAUGCAGUGGAUCUCGCCUGGCGCGCAAUGGACCAGAUCCUGCAAUCGCAAUCAACCGACUGCACGACUGAUCGAGGUCGCGCGGCUGUAGUGUAUCGAUAUACGGGUGCCAUCGUGGCAUUCACUCGCGCGGGCUGUAAUCAAAGUACCACCACCACUACUAAUAAUAAUAUAUCGACAACAAUGCUGUCUUCCCGCGUGGUCUCGUCCAUGGUAGAUAAAGUCUGCGAGGCCGUGGCUCAGAUGGACGUGAGCUCACAGUUCUACAUCCACAUGGCAACGCCUGUCUAUCUGACAGGGAUGAACGCGACGACCGAGGCGCAGUGUGCCGUGUUUCGCACGUACUGGCGAAAUUGCCAGUUGGGUGACUUUCCGCGCUAUCCGGAUGGACAGGCGCAGUGUGAGCGGAGGUGGAGGAAUAACCGAGUGAUAGUGUAG